GCAUGCCCGGACAGCCUUCGGCUGUCCGGGCAUGCUGGGAGUUGUAGUUUUGCAGCACCUGGCGGCACUCUGGUUGGGAAACACCGGAUAAGAAGUUUCCUAUUAUCGGGUCCGGUGCGGAUGCGGCGCUGAUUGGCCGGUGGCCGGGCCGGGGUCCUCCCCCUGGGGGUCAGCGCUGAGGAGGAGCGGGGGCCGCUCAGUCACCAUGGCUCUCAGCUCCCGGGCGCACGCCUUCUCCGUGGAGGCGCUAAUGGGCGCAAAGAGGAAAGUGCAGGAGGCGGAGGACGGAGCGGAGGAGCCGGAAAAAAGACCGAAAUCCUCGGGGCCCCCAUCGCCGGAUCCGACGGCCAACAAAGACAGCGGCGUCCAGGUGGAUCUGCAGGGGGGAGACCUGUGGAGGAGAUUCCACCAGAUCGGGACCGAGAUGAUCAUUACCAAGGCCGGCAGGCGGAUGUUUCCCUCUGUGCGGAUCAAAGUGAGGGGCCUGGAGCCCACUCAGCAGUAUUACAUUGCCCUAGACGUGGUCCCCGUGGACUCCAAGCGCUACAGGUACGUCUAUCACAGCUCCCAGUGGAUGGUGGCCGGAAACACGGAUCAUUCCUGUAUCUCCCCCCGACUCUACGUGCACCCCGACUCCCCCUGCUCCGGAGAGACCUGGAUGAGACAGAUCAUCAGCUUCGACCGCGUCAAACUCACCAACAACGAGAUGGACGACAAGGGACAUAUCAUCCUGCAGUCAAUGCAUAAGUACAAGCCCCGCAUCCACGUCAUAGUCCAGGACUCCCGCUUUGAUCUGUCUCAGAUUCAGUCGCUGCCAGCAGAGGGGGUGAAGACAUUUUCAUUCAAGGAAACAGAGUUCACCACAGUGACGGCGUACCAGAACCAGCAGAUAACAAAGCUGAAGAUUGACAGAAAUCCCUUUGCAAAAGGCUUCAGGGAUCCAGGAAGAAACAGGAGUGUGCUGGAUGGUCUUCUUGAGAACUAUCCCUGGAGAUCUUCUCUUUCCUUAGACUACAAGGCAUUUGGGGCAGAUACACCUGGAGGAAGCUCUGGUUCUUCUCCCCUCACAUCCAGCGGGGGCGCUCCGUCCCCCCUGUUGUCUCCAUCUUGUUCUCCUCCUACGUUUCACCUGCCUUCUGGAAGUUUUCAUUGCUCUGAGUCCUAUCUGCACAACCUGACCUCCCCGUUCUGUUACAAGAUCUGCCCCGGUGACCUCCUGAGACCACAUUCCCUUCUGGAUAAACAUGGCACUCCAGGGGGGCACAUACUUUCUCCUCUCAUGGUCGAUGUCCCGUUCUUGUCUUCAUUUGGAAUCUCCAGACACAACAGACUGGAAGCUCUAAAGGGUCGCAGUGUCCCAGGAGCGGCCGCCUCAGGCCAGGUGCUGUAUGGGAUUCCUACAUCUGGGAACAUUUUCCCCUCGUCCGCUCUCGCUCGGGAAACCCUGAGCUUCCAGCAGCCCUACGGCUUCUAUGGCUACAACUUCUCCGUCCCGUCACAUCUCAUCACCGGGAACUUAAAGAUGACUGACAUUUGUCCCAGCUCAUUCCGAGAUGUGCGGCCCGGAGCCUCCCGCUGGACGCCGUCAUCUGUCAACCAUUGUCUGUAAUGGGACGCCGGGGAUGAUGGGAAUGUAGAUAAUUAUUUAAUGUCGGAUAAUGGGUGUCACUUGGACGAUACUAGAGGAGAAAUCCGGAAACUUCACCGAUUCAGUGUAGACAUGAUGUCAUGGAAAGGAUACAAAGCGGCAGGAAGGUGCUACGCACAAGUCAGUAACGCAGGGCGGGUCCCCCCGAUCCCUGCACAUGGAGGACGGACAUUUCUAUUAUGUAUUUUAUAGACAUAUAUAUACAGUCAUGGCCGUAAAUGUUGGCACCCCUGAAAUUUUUCAAUAAAAUGAAGUAUUUCUCUCAGAAAAGGAUUGCAGUA